AUGUCUCUUAAACAGGAAAUCGAGACGUGGGUCGCCGCCCUUGGGCGGUACGACAACAACGAGUUCGACGAGGCCCUGAAAGAGUUCGAGAACAUUUCCGAUACCUCUAAAAUCCUCUUCAACAUGGGUGUCAUCCACGCCACUCUCGGCGAACACGAGAAAGCUGUCGAAUGCUACCAACGAGCGAUCCGCCUAGAUCAAUACCUUGCCGUUGCCUACUUCCAGCAAGGCGUCUCGAAUUUCUUGCUCGGCGAUUUCGAGGAGGCGCUUGCCAACUUCAACGAUACCCUACUCUACCUUCGAGGAAACACCAUGAUCGAUUAUGCCCAGCUUGGCCUUCUCUUCAAGCUUUACUCUUGCGAGGUCCUCUUCAACCGAGGUCUGUGCUACAUCUACCUACAGCAGAAGGAUGCCGGUCUCCAGGACCUCCAGUACGCCGUUAAGGAAAAGGUCGUCGAGGACCACAACGUCAUCGACGAGGCCAUUCGAGAGGAAGCUGAGGGCUACACCGUCUUCUCGAUCCCCGUCGGGGUUGUCUACCGUCCGAACGAUGCCAAGGUCCGCAACCUGAAGACCAAGGACUACCUAGGAAAGGCUAGGCUGGUGGCCGCAUCAGACCGUGCCAAUGCAUUCACUGGAUUUGCUGGAUCUGAGAUCAAGAAUGCUGGAAAGGGCGAUGCCAAGGACGACCGACCGACCGACAACAUCUCAUUUGCGGCGACCAAUCUCGUGAAGCCAGGCAUCCAGAGCCGAAGGCAACAAUCCGAACCUCCGACUUCACGAAAUGUCUUCCCUCCCACGCCUCCACCGGAGAACGACCGACCUGGUGGCGGUGUCAGCAGAGGGGCCUCUGUGCGCAAUGGACCCAAGCCGACCCUCUCGAAACUCAAUAUCGACCGAGCCGUCAACAAUCGCUACGAGAAGACGUCAUCACCUCAAGACACCCGACGCCGCCCGCAGAGGUCCAAUUCCUCGACCCCCCAGCGAUCCUACUCGCAGCGCCAGCGUAAUGAUGAAGAAGAGGACUAUGCCGACGAUGUCUACGACAUGUACCAGGGUGGUAACGGAGGCCCCCGAGGCAGCCGUCAACAAGGCCGCCGCAACGUACCCCGCUACAUCGAGGAAGAGGACGACGAGGGAAGCGAAUUCGACGACGGAUCCUUUGACGAAGGUGACUUCGAGAUGGUCAGCAAUCGCAGGGCGAAUACUGGAUCCAUGUCGGCCGGUUCUUCCAGAGGCCAGUCGAGAAGACCAGAGGUCCGCAAAGUCCGUGUCAAGGUGCACGCCGAGGAUGUACGGUACAUCAUGAUCGGAUCCGCCAUCGAGUUCCCAGACUUCGUCGACCGUGUCAGGGACAAGUUUGGUCUGCGACGACGAUUCAAGAUCAAGGUUCGCGAUGAUGACGUGCCCAAUGGUGACAUGAUCACCCUCGGUGACCAGGACGACUUGGACAUGGUUCUCAUGACGGUCAAGAGCAAUGCGCGGCGGCAACGGCAGGAGAUUGGAAAGAUGGAGGUUUGGGUUCAAGAGGUUUAG